AUGUGGUUGUUUCUGGCAGUGAUGUGCUCAAUCCAGCAGACUACAUUUUCAGAAGAAAGCACAAGACCCAGGCAUUUGAACCCUCAACAAUUUAUGACUAUUAGUGAAAUCAUUCAUUACUGGGGAUACCCUCACGAAGAAUAUGACAUUCUCACGGAUGAUGGCUAUUACCUGAAGGCAAACAGAAUUCCUUACGGGAUACACAGUCCCAGGAAAUCUGGGCCUAUACCAGUUGUAUUACUGGUACCCGGUUUAGUGGCUGAAGGUAGAAGCUGGAUUGCAAAUCUUCCCAACAAUAGCCUGGGAUUCUUUCUAGCAGAUGCUGGCUAUGAUGUCUGGAUAAUAAAUAACAGAGGUACCACCUGGUCAAGAAGGCACCAGAACUUUACAAUUGACCAACAAGAAUUCUGGAAUUUCACCUUUCAUGAAAUGGGAAUCUAUGAUAUUCCUGCAGCCAUAAACUUUAUCCUGCAGAAGACUCAGCAAGAUGGAUUAUAUUAUCUUGGCCAUUCCCAGGGUGGUGCAAUUGGUUUUAUUGCCUUUUCAGAAUUGCCACAGCUUACUGAAAAAGUCAAGCUCUUCAUGUCCCUUGCUCCUGCCUAUACACUUGCAGGCCUCAAGGGGCCCAUGAAAAUGGUUCUGUCACUUUCUGAUGGAUUAAAAAAAAAAAUAUGGGGCACAAAAGAAUUCCAGUUUUUUAGUAAAAGGAUGAAAACCAUAAGUACUCAGUUGUGUAGCUAUCCAGGAAUAGACGAACUCUGUCUCCAACUAAUUUAUCUUUGUGCGGGUUUUAAUGAUGGAAACCUAAAUGUGAGUCGAGUAGAUACAUAUUUGGGAAUCUAUCCUGAUUUUUCUUCUGUAAAAACAAUAGUUCACUGGAGCCAGGUUUCUAAAUCAAAAGAAUUUAAAUAUUUUGACUAUGGAGCUAAAAACAAAGCGAUAUAUAACACGAGCAACCCUCCAUUUUAUAAAAUAGAAGACAUGAUGGUGCCAACAGCCAUAUGGAGUGGUGGAACAGACAUUGUUACAACUGCUAAGGAUGCUGACCAAUUGCGCCUUCGCAUCUCCAAUUUAGUUUUCAACAAGACUAUACCUGAGUGGAACCAUGCUGAUUUUAUCUGGGACACUGAGGCUCCAAAAUACCUGUUCCCAGAAGUGCUUAAUCUCAUGCAGAUGUACCAAUAUAAUAUUCCUUAUCAAAGUGGACAUUUCUUUUCAUUUUCUGAGAGAAAAUGCCUUUAA